UGGUAAGAGUCGCAGAUUUUUCCCCCCUCUCACUGACAUUUCAACUUCACAACGGAUUCAAAGGUAGAUAGAUUUUCAUCGGGACCUAUAAGUUUCUGUUUCUGUGACACGGAGGAGAGAUCCGGGGAGGGAAGAAGCGAGUUUAUAUGCACAGGAUAUCGGUCAGACGCCUCUGCUGCCUUUCUUCCGGGAUAUCCCCUUCGUCUUCGCCGAAGACCACUGGAAACUAAAUUUUUUUUCUCUUCGAAACUUCCCGGGAGAGAGCGAUCCUGGUCGCCGCUUUUUUCUCCCCCUUCUCUCUUUCUUUGGUGUGGACAACUAGGCUGCAGCCCAUAGUUUACCCAGGACUUUGAUAACGACGCAGGAUGCCCCAAAAAGAAUACCACAACCAAGCCACGUGGGAGUCUGGCGUAGCUUCAAUGAUGCAGAACAAGGUGUAUGACAUCUGUGAUGAAGGUCACAGUGGCGUAAACCAGCUUGGUGGUGUGUUUGUUAAUGGCAGACCGCUGCCGGAUUCCACCAGGCAGAAAAUAGUUGAACUUGCUCACAGUGGUGCUCGACCUUGCGACAUCUCCAGGAUACUCCAGACCCAUGAUGAAGUCCAAGUGCUGGACAGUGAAAAGGUAUCCAACGGCUGUGUGAGCAAGAUCCUUGGUAGAUAUUAUGAAACAGGCUCCAUAAGACCGAGAGCAAUUGGCGGCAGCAAGCCCAGGGUCGCCACUCCAGAGGUGGUCGCGAAAAUCGCGCAGUACAAGCGGGAGUGUCCGUCUAUCUUUGCGUGGGAGAUCCGUGACAGACUUCUGUCGGAGGGGAUCUGCACCAACGACAAUAUACCCAGUGUGUCAUCAAUAAACAGAGUCCUCCGCAACCUGGCUAGUGAAAAGCAACAGAUGGGCGCAGAUGGCAUGUAUGACAAGCUGAGAAUGCUCAACGGUCAAACAGGAACUUGGGGGACCCGGCCCGGCUGGUACCCCGGAACAUCAGUGCCAGGGCAGCCCAACCAAGAUGGCUGCCAACAACAGGACGGUGCAGGAGAAAACACAAACUCCAUCAGCUCGAACGGGGAGGAUUCAGAGGAGACACAGAUGCGUCUGCAGCUCAAGAGGAAACUACAGAGAAAUCGCACAUCCUUCACACAGGAGCAAAUCGAAGCACUGGAAAAAGAAUUUGAAAGAACUCAUUAUCCAGAUGUUUUCGCGCGAGAAAGACUAGCAGCGAAAAUCGACCUGCCCGAGGCAAGAAUACAAGUAUGGUUCUCAAAUAGGAGAGCAAAGUGGAGGCGAGAGGAGAAGCUGCGGAAUCAGCGCCGGCAGGCCAAUAACUCCUCAAGUCACAUUCCCAUCAGCAGCAGUUUCGGCACCAGCGUCUACCAGGCCAUUCCACAGCCCACCACACCGGUGUCUUUCACCUCGGGGUCAAUGCUGGGUAGACCUGACACCGCACUCACAAACACCUACAGUGCGCUGCCGCCGAUGCCCAGCUUCACCAUGGCAAACAAUCUACCUAUGCAACCCAGCCAGACCUCCUCUUAUUCCUGCAUGCUGCCUACCAGUCCGCCUGUGAACGGGCGGAGCUACGAAACAUACACGCCCCCUCAUAUGCAGGCACAUAUGAACAGCCAAUCUAUGACCACUUCUGGUACCACCUCAACAGGUAGGCAGAAAAUUUCACUUUUUUAAUUGUUUAUUUUUAAAGCAGCCUGCUUGGGAGUUAAAAAAGCAAACACUGCACUCUUUGAAAUAUCUGCCACCUUUCCAGUAAUCAGGGGAUACUACAGAGUCAUGUCUGAUUCAUGAUCUGUCAUCCCAAGUUUCCUUUUCCUUUGGUUUAAAUGUCUGAGGAUCUAUAUCUCUACAUCGCACAUCAUUUUUCUCUCCGCAGUUGCAUGAACGAGGCUCAUUUCUUUGCCACUCUGGGCCAUCAUGUCAACCCCACUACUCCAGCCCAUAGUUUAGUUCCACCCCAUUAGGAUGUUACUGAGAGCCAUAUAUACCGGUUAUAGUCAUGAAGAGUUAAUCAUGCAUAACCACAUUUCCUCUGUGCUAAAUUGCUAAUUAAUUUGAUUCAUUUGCUGUUGUAUUCUCUCUGUUUAAAUGCCAUUGCCAAAGCCUCAAUUUAUCGAGCUUGCAAGCAUUUUACCGAGCCACCACGUGCAGAGCUUUGUGACUCAUUGCAGGCCCAUGCUCAUCUACCUAUUUGCAAGCAUUUAAAGCACAAUGCUCUGUUAGUUAACUGUCGUACUAACCGUGCAUGGUAAACCUGCUCAUCUAAUUUUAGCAUUUAGA